GUGAGUGAGUACACAGUGUGUAGUAAAUGGAGCACAGAGUUUCUUCUAUUCUGUGUAGUGUCUGAACACCUCAAGUGGCCUUGCUUUCUCAUAUGUUAAUAAAACAAGUCCUUCAUUCAUCACUGCUUGAAACUGGGAACAUGCUGGGUCUACUUGAUAACAGGUUGUACCGUCAGGAGGUCGCACUUGGAAAAACUGGAAUUUGCGGAGAUUGAUUCUUGCUGGAAUGGGCAGGGAGGGCCUGUUAGCAGUUCUGUACGCUGCCUCGGCAGUCUUGUCCGUCGUGACAGUUGCUGCAUCCACCACCGUGUGGCUCCACUGGAGUGAGAUCCUGGAUAACUGCGCCUCCAGAUACUGCGGCUGCAUACUUAAUGGCGAAAGUUCACCCAUCAUGUUUAGUGGCGGAGAAAUCCAGCUGUGCCAUUUUGCGUCAUUUGCGCCGCUGCCUGUUUUUGCAAUAGCUCUGAUUUUGAGCUGUUACUACGGCUAUAAGGCCUGCAUGUACAAGAAAGUAACCAGAAGGACUUCUAAAAGAAGGAGCGGCAGGGCUGUGGCAGUGGCGAGGUCGGCGGCGGAGGACCCGCAGGCCGGAGGCGGGCAGAUGGCGCUCUCGUGGUGGCUGGUGCUGCUGGUGACGUCAGUGCUGUGCUGCCUGCUGCUGCUGGCGGCGGCCGGCGCGCUCACGGCCGGCUACCACGCCUCGUGCUCGCAGUACCGAGAGACUGCGGUGCGCGAGCUGGGCGCUGUGGGGGACGCCGCCGCCGCCGUCUACGACCGCCUCAGCUGCGGCGCCAUCUUCGACAUCAUGGACUUCGUGGAGCCCCACACGCGGCCCUUCCUCGCCAAGGUGGGACAGGAGGACUACUACCCGCUGUCGGAGCAGAGGGACCGCUACCGCGGGGACCCCGUAGACACCGGCGGCGCGCUCAUGACCGCCAUCGUCAGCUCGUGGCUCAACUCCGCGGUCUGGCUGGCGCUGGUCGCGGCCGACGUGAAGCUGUACGGACGCUGCAAGUGUUGCUAGGCUCCAGUCACUUGCUGAUCGAUCACCGACUGAGCGCUCGAGUGCUAUUAUUUAUAAUGCACUAUUCCAAUAUCGGCAUUUUGCCUUUUUGACGUGGUCACGUUUGAUAGCAACUGACACUGUUGAAGGACCACACAGUGGCAUGCGCAGUAGUUUGGUGUUACUUAUAAUAAAAGGUGCCAGGAACAGUAACGGUGUUUGUAGCUGACACCACAUUUAUAUUGUGUGUAGUGUCGCUCUCGCUAAUCGAAAGUUGUGAUUCCAGUUUUCAAAAUCCUGCCAACAUCCAAGCACACCAUCUCGGAUGCCAUUUACACCCGUAUCCCACUCAUGUACUCUUUCCUUGCUCCAAGAAUCCCACGACUUCCCUCCACGCAAAAAGCAAAAGGGUGCACCGUCUGCUGUCUUUCCCUCACUCCUCCGGCUCAUUGCGUCACAAAUAGUCCACCAAUCAGCGUUACUCUUACAAACGGGAGAAUGGCUAAGCUGACCAAUCCACAAAUAUAUAGCACCUGUGUUAGGCAUUUCCUGUCCACUAGGUCCAUCAAAAAAAUGUGGAUGCGGGGGCUCUCCCAAACAAUACAGCGGGUUUUGCUUUUAAGGUGAACACGCAGGCCAUUAUCCCUUUUCUCCGGCAAAAACUGUUAUGGUCCGUAGGCGGUCGGCCGGCCGGCGCAGCUGUGUGCUAACUCACACUCCUACAGACUUUCCAGUGGGCUGGAACAAACACUCCUGUGGCCAUCGUGUCUUGAAUGUUGGCGUACGCCAGCGUCGACUUUCUAAUCCCGGUGUACACUUGCGAUUUAUUUAUUAGAUUUGCAUAUCCAUUAAAUGGAUAUACGUAAAAUUGACUCUACCCUAUCGAGUUUGGGCUCGAAUGAAACGUCUUGAUAGGCAGAAUACGGUGGUGAGGUAGGAAUAUGUAAGAAAUGAAGGUCAGGAGACCAUGCCACCUUACACCCCCAACAUAACUCCUGCAAUAUGCUAAUGGCACCGCCUGCCUAACCACUCGUCAUACCCUUCAACUCUCAUGUGUCCCUCCAACGGCCCUGAAUCUGCUAGUGGAGUGAUGUAAUACGUGGAAACGUCAACUAAACCGGCAGAAAAGUCAGGCUACCAUCUCGGGUCACACCACUCGACGCUUCCAUAGUCCAGAUUUCCAUCAUUCCAUCUACAACCAACUCAUCCCUUUGACUACCACAGAAAAGUAUGUAAGGGCUAACUCUCGACAUAAAACUAAUAUGCAAACCACAUCUCCUUACCAUCCAACACAAAGCCCGAAAUCGACUAAAACUAUUAUCAGGCCCCACUUGGGGCCUACAUCCUUCUACCACUAUCAUCACCUAUAAAUCCCUCAUCCACACCAACCUAACCUAUGCUAAUGUUGCCUAGAUCUCCACUUCGCCUAAUUUCUGUAAGUCCCUUGAAAUUGUGGAAAGACACACAAUCUGCCUUGCCUGCCACAUUCGCCUACCUUCCCCAACUCAUCCGUUUCCCCACACCUUCUUCUCUUCCCAGAGAACCUUCAGAUUCCAAAUAUUAAUCACAAAACCCAGUCUCAGCAUCCACUUUCCCAUCCACUAAUCACCAAUCCAGGUACCUAGCUGCACCACUAUAUCCAUAUUCCACUUUCUAUGCACCUCCAUGCCUUAUCCAUCCCCACCUGCUGGAAUUUUAACCAACUCCCACUUCACAACUAUGAAAUCCGUUCCAAGAUAUACCCCAAUCACAACGCUGCACCUCAGACUAUCCUCCAACUUUCUCUUUUCCCCUUCAUCCGCCUUGCUCACAUCUAGUCACUCCCUGCAGUUCUGCAGAGCCCCAUAGCCAUACUCAUCAUCACACCUUCAUCAUGACAACUUCUUCACAUGACCCCUAGCCAUCAUUCACGUUUAAGAGUGACUGUAUUUUAACUGUAAUAUAAAAUGUCAAACGAGUUUUAAAAACCACCAGUACUUUCAUCUAUGUGUAUUUUACAAAUCUUUGUUUAGUGCUACUUGUUUUUACAGAAAAAGUGUAACUGUCGUCCACCUAAGUAUUUUUUACAAAAUCAUUUGUUACUGUCACCUUUUAUAUGUUUUAACCAUUUUUAAAUAAAAUUUUUAUAACUUUUGGCUGAAGAGCGGUUUUUCUCUGCUGCCAGCCCGCCCAUCACUAAAGAAACAAAAAUCACUAGCUCUCAAUGUAGAAUCUAUACAAGUAUACGUUGAGCCAAUAAGUGUGGACCAGAAUGAUGUAUACAUUGUGUUAGAAAAUUUCCGUUACAGACUUCUAGGAUUCGUAGAGGGGAGUAAGUAGAUAAUAUUUUGAAUUGGAUCCCAAGUCCGGAAACGUAACGUUUCCGUGCUACACCCAUUUGAAAACAUGUUGGUAAAACGGCCACUUUUACGAUUAAUUAGUUAGGUGUGACCCAGCACAUCACUUGUUUUACAGUUCCAGUCAUUAAUAGCCAGAGAAAUUGCAAUUGUACUUUUUGACAGGUCCUUUUCAACGUGAUACAGUGGAGCCUCUUCUAAUUCGGGUAUACGGCGUCUACUUGGAGCAUCAGAGUUACGCCUGCUCACGGAGAAGGUACCCUUUCUUUAGACGGUCGCGUAAUUGUCGCGGGAAGGGUAAGCAAUGAAGUCAGACGUUGUGGGGAAGGCGAAACAGCUCCUCCAAUACCGUGACCUUAGCCAGUCAAAAGGUUCAUGUCGGUGAAUUCUGCAAACAUAUACUCAACUAUGUUCAUCUAACACUCACAGACACGUGUAUCAGACUCGAACAAGGUCAGAGAGGUACGAUUGACGUCAAAAGACAUUAGCCGAUCCGAUGUAAGCAUCCCCCACCGUCACUACCCUGUUACAUAGCCACCAAGCAAACAUGUUUUCAAACGUCUGUAGCACGGAUACGGCACCUUCCCGGAGACGAUUUUCUGUUCAAAAUACUACGUACUCACUCCCCUCUACAAGUCCUAGAAGCUUGUAACUGGAAUUUCCGAACAACCUGUAUGUAUUACUCAUAUUUUGAAAUUUUUGACAUGUUCUUAUAUACUUACUUUGCGGUUCACUUGACGAUGGGUAAAUUAAAAACCACAAUAAUGUAUUUAAAAAAUAAAUAAU